AUGGUUCAUCUUUCGAAAGUUAGAAAAAGCACGCGACGUCAUCCUCGCGCGAGCGCGGUCGUUUCCGACCCCUAUGUAUAUGCCACGCGGUUCGCGGCAGAAGAGCUGCCGGAACAUGAGAUGGCAGAGAAGGAAAUGCCGGCUCAAGUAGUGAAGCGCAUGAUUAAGGAUGAAUUGAGUUUAGAUGGGAAUCCUCUUCUGAACCUAGCUAGUUUCGUUACCACCUACAUGGAGGAUGAAGUCCAGGAACUCAUGACGGACGCGAUGAGCAAAAACUUCAUCGACUUCGAACAGUACCCACAGACAGCACAUAUCCAAAGCCGCUGCGUGAACAUGAUCGCAGGUCUACUGCACGCGCCGACGACCAACAGCGAGGACAACGACAACGAGCAGGACGCGAUUGGCACGUCGACAGUGGGCUCCUCGGAGGCGAUCAUGCUGGGAAUGCUGGCGAUGAAGAAACGAUGGCAGAGCCAACGCAAGGCACAGGGCAAAGACUCGACGCGGCCGAACAUCGUGAUGAAUAGCGCGGUGCAGGUUUGCUGGGAGAAAGCGGCGCGGUAUUUCGAUGUCGAGGAGAAGUAUGUCUAUUGUACGGAUACGCGAUAUGUGAUUGAUCCGCAGAUGGCGGUGGAUCUGGUGGAUGAGAAUACAAUUGGUAUAUGUGCUAUCCUGGGAACGACGUAUACUGGACAGUAUGAAGAUGUCAAGGGGAUCAAUGAUCUGCUGAAGGAGAGGAAUAUCGACUGUCCGAUCCAUGUCGAUGCAGCCAGUGGGGGAUUUGUCGCUCCGUUUGUCAAUCCUGAGCUGGUUUGGGACUUUCAGCUGGAGAAGGUUGUGUCUAUCAACAUCUCGGGACAUAAAUAUGGACUGGUCUAUCCCGGCGUCGGCUGGGUAUUUUGGCGCGCACCGGAAUAUCUCCCGAAAGAGCUGAUAUUCAACAUCAACUAUCUAGGCGCUGACCAGGCCAGCUUCACCUUGAAUUUCUCCAAGGGCGCGGCCCAAGUCAUCGGGCAAUACUACCAGUUGCUACGGCUGGGUCGAAACGGAUACAGAAACAUCAUGAUGAAUCUCACGCACACCGCGGGUUACCUCGCGGAGGAACUUGAAAGGCUCGGCUUCAUCAUCAUAAGCGAAAGUGGAGGCAAGGGUCUCCCUCUGGUUGCGUUUCGACUACCCCCCGAUGAGACUCGACUGUUCGAUGAGUUCGCUCUGGCUCAUUCACUGCGUCAGCGAGGAUGGGUGAUUCCGGCCUACACGAUGGCGCCGCAUAGCAACCAGCUGAAGAUGAUGCGAGUCGUGCUGCGAGAGGACUUCAGUAUGCAUCGAUGUAAUCUGUUGGUUGAAGAUUUUAAAAUGGCGCUGCAGAAACUCGAAGCCAUGGAUAAGAAAAUGGUGGACAAGAUUAGCACGUAUGUUUAUCCUUUGACUGGUUGCAGUAUCAAGUGUCUCGUCAUGCGACUGUUGCCAGUACUGGCCCUACUAGGGCGCUGCCAUGUGCAGGCCAAAGGAGUCUUUGCUCACUUCAUGCUCGGAAUUAGCGACAAAUACACGCCCGAUGACUGGCGUCAGGACAUCUCCGCCGCGAAAGCAGCGAAACUAGACGCAUUCGCGCUGAACAUCGGCUACAGCAUGAACGCGCACCGGCUUCUAGACGACGCGUUCACCAUCGCAGACGAAGUAGGAUUCAAACUAUUUCUAUCCCUGGACUACUCAGGCGACGGCCACUGGCCGGCAGACAAAGUGAUCAGCACACUACUGAGUUUCACAAACAAAACAGCAUAUUACAAACACCGCGAUGACAAGCCAUUAGUAUCGACCUUCGAGGGCGCCCAAGCAGCAGGCGACUGGGACGACAUCAGACGCAAAGUCGACUGUUUCCUAAUUCCGGACUGGUCAUCGUUAGAGCCAGGAGUGGCGCUAUCUCGCGCCAACGUCGACGGGCUCAUGAGCUGGAAGGCCUGGCCGGACGGAACGCAGGAUCCCAGCAUCACUGAGGACAGGAAAUACAUAGAUGCUCUGGCAGACAAGCCGUAUAUCAUGCCAAUCUCGCCGUGGUUCUACACCAACAUGGUACGGUAUGAUAAGAAUUGGGUGUGGCGCGGCGACGACGUCUGGUACCAGCGGUGGCAGCAGGUUCUGGAGAUCGAUCCGGAAUACGUGGAAAUUAUCUCGUGGAAUGACUACGGCGAGUCGCAUUACAUUGGACCCGUGCACGAGCGGAGUCUCAAUGUGUUUAGUUACAGCCGGGCGCCGUUCGACUAUGCAAAGGACAUGCCGCAUGACGGAUGGAGAGCUUUCCUUCCGUACGUGAUUGAGCAGUUCAAGAGUGGACGUCGCAAGGACGUCACCAUCGAGGAGGAGGGACUAGUGGUGUGGUACCGUGUCAAUCCAUCGUCUGCGUGCUCGGAUGGAAAGACGAUGGGGAAUACGGCGUCGCAGUCGCAGAAAGAGAUACCCCCUGGGGAGGUGUUAGAGGAUAAGAUCUUCUACUCGGCGUUGUUGGAGUCGCCGGCCGACGUCUCGGUGAGUAUCGGCGGGACGAACAAAACCGCGACGUGGAGCAGCACGCCGGAUAGAAAAAGGGGCAUUUAUCAUGGGAAUAUCCCAACAGAGGGGAAAAUGGGUGACGUGGUGGUGACUCUGUCACGGGAGAAGACGUUCCUGGCGCAGAUGAAAGGACAUGCCAUUACGAAUAAGUGUGAGAGCAACUUGACGAACUGGAAUGCGUGGGUGGGAAAUACAACCGCCACGGGGGAGAUGUCCAAGUCGAAGUCGUCCUCGUCAUCUUCAUCUGACGACUCGUCGGCGAUAAGCAUUGGGGUGUCGGGAUUGACGCCGAUGGCGAUACUCUGGGUAUUGUUGAGUCUAGUAUAA